AUGUUUCUGCAAGAGCUUAACCGACUCUACGAAACAAUUCACCCACCUUCCUUCCAGACUAGGUAUAUGUCCUGGUGGAUAGCCCAGGAGAGCAACGAUCGAUCGGGUGAAGCUGUUCGGGACGAAGACAUUGAUUUCGGGUUGCUUGUUCUUCGAGUCUGUCUUCUUAGUAUCCAGUCUCUCCCGCAUUCCAAAUUUCCAACCAUAGGGGUAUUGAAGUCGCAUCCAGAGGCUAUGGAGCAGUGGUAUUCGUCGCUCGCCGACGAGCUCGACAAGUCCCAGCCGCCGACGAAAAAGCCUUCGAUAGAGACGGUGCAACAUAGGUUCUUACAUGUGGGCUAUUUGAAAAACUACGGAAAGGUCCGGGCCAGCUGGUCUGUUCUCAGUACGGCUGUCAGGGAUGCGCAUGAGAUGGGGCUGCAUCUGAAAGAUCCAGGUAUUCCUAUCAGCGAUUUGGAGAUGGAAUUACGGAGACGGACCUUUUGGAAUUUAUACGUUUGGGAUCGGUAUAUGUGCACCUUCUUUGGUCACUGGCCACUGAUCCCGGAGGGAUACUUUGACAUUGAGCCUCCACACGACAAUCUACAACCGUUUACCGUGAAACCUUACGUUCUCACGCCCUUCACUGAUCGAAUUUUCCACAUCAAGUUGGCUCGAUACCUAACAGCAUUUAUGAGCCCUCCGUCAUGGAAAAGUGACCAGCAAGAACCGGCAGUAGCAUCAGAAUUCGCGCAGCGCUUCCAUCAAGUUAUCCUUGACCAAUUACCUCCUCCAUUCUCCCUCGAGAGCCCCGAUGUUUCCUGGGACGUGGCUCAUCCUGCACUCACAAUGAAGAGAGAGACGCUUGGUCUGUUCAUCCAUAUCAUCGAGGCGUCACUCUAUAGAUCGUUCAUGGACCCUUGCAAAAAUCUGCACCACGGCCACAGUGUACGAGCCAAGCCCGGACCAGAUCUGCUCGCACUCUCCCAUCGCCGGUCUCUGAUGGAAACGACAUGCAAAAUCAUUUCGUGCAUCGGCAAGCUGUACGCGCUUACUGGAAACGAGGAAGGAGGGUCGAUUGACAGAUUAUUCACGUUACCAGUCGCCCUCGUUGACUCAUUAGCCACGCUCGGUGUAUGUCUACUGUCUAUCCAGGCAGAUGAAAGAAGAUUGUUGAAGGAAGGAAUGCACACUGUUGCCGACUCCAUCCUUCAGCGCAGCUACAAUAGAUUCUUUGAUGCGUUCGGUCUCCUAUAUCGACAAGCACCGCAUAAUACCUUUGCGAAACGAGGCGUGAAGGUGUUAGAGGGACUACACGGUGCCCUGCGCGCGGGCUUAAGUGGCCCUGAUCGAUUCGAGGCGAGCCCCACUGGGUCGACCAUGAUGGGAUCAUUCCAGGGCCCGACACAUCGGACAGAAUACUUCCAACUCGAACAAGCUCUUGUUUCUUUACAUGCCAACGGUGGUGGUGAGGAGCCUCUGGGUCGCUCAUUCAUUGCACUUCCUGAAUGGCUGCCGUCAUUUCUCGAGUCGCCGGCUCGAAACUGGUUAAUCCAUAGCCAGUUCUUUUUUGGGGACAUACUGGCUUGA